AUGAAGACCGCGGCGCUCCUCUCUGCCCUUGUUCCCAGUGCGCUGGGCACAACCAUCUAUCUUGCCGGUGACUCGACUAUGGCAAAGGGUGGGACUGGAUCGGGCACUGCGGGUUGGGGGGAAUAUGUCACGUCUUAUACCUCCCUCACCGUUUCCAACCAAGCCGUCGCUGGCCGUAGCGCCCGAUCAUACACACGAGAGGGUCGCUUCGAUGCCAUUGCAGCCGUGGUCCAGGCCGGUGACUGGGUGGUCAUUGAAUUUGGACACAAUGACGGUGGAUCGCUGUCAACUGACAACGGGCGUACCGACUGCAGCGGCACAGGAAGCGAGACAUGCAGCACAACAUACGACGGCGUCGCUGAGACAGUUCUCACCUUCCCGGCCUACCUGGAGAAUGCUGCUAAAACAUUCAAGGCCAAGGGCGCAAAUGUUCUCAUCUCCAGCCAAACACCCAACAACCCCUGGGAAACUGGUACAUUCACGUACUCCCCAUCACGGUUCGUAGGGUAUGCUCAGCUUGCAGCCGAGGCGGCCGGAGCCUCCUAUGUUGACCAUGGCGCGUAUGUGGCGGACCGAUUUGAGACCCUGGGUCUCACCACUGUUGAUUCAUACUUCCCCUUGGAUCACACACACACCAGUCCUGAUGGUGCAUCGGCCGUGGCCCAAGCCUUCUUCAAGGCUGUGGUCUGCGGCAAUGUUGCCCUGAAGAGUUCUUUGACUACCACCUCAUUCCCUGGUAGCUGUCUCUAG